UCGAAAUGUUUCUAAGCCUAGCAACAGCAGUAAACAAAGCGAAUUUUCUGAGUUGUGAAAAUGAAAAAGUUCAAGCGGAAAGUUUUUCGCAAAUAUGAAGAUUAUAUACGACCACAGGAUUAUUUGGAGCCCAAUGCACCGAAAAACGUUAAUUUGUGUAUCGACGAUUUUAAUGCGCGCGGCGAAGUUGCCAAUCCUCGUGCUCCUUGUGUGGUGACCACCAUCGAUCCUGACUACAUCAAGGAUGCUGGUCUGCAUCGUCUGGCAAGAAAGUUUCGCAUGAAAACCGACAUUUUGUUGCUUCGCGAGAUUACGCGCAACAAAUUCAUGUGCUACUCCACGCAAGAGAUGUUUCUGGAUAGAAAACGAGAGAUGGAAUACCAGAAUAAGUUGUAUGACGAUGCUCAGGAGUUCCACAAGUUUGCAGACGAAUCGCUCAUGAAAAUGAAGGCCAACGAGUUUAAGAAAAUGCUCGAGGCACAGGAGAAACUAAAGAAACUCAAAGAGAACAAAGUGGCGGAGGAACUUAACCAGGUGAAGCUGCAACAUCAGCGCGUGCUGAUGGAAGUCCAAGAAGCUUAUGGGCGCUUUCAGUACUUGCUCAAGCUGAUAAGCUACUUUGAUGACACGGUGGAACAACAGUCGGAGCAAUUGGAUCCCAAGUUGAUUAUGCCCGAGCACAUUGUCAACAUGGAGAUUAGUGAACGCCACCCAGCGGGCCUGGAGCAAGUACAGCAGGUUAAGGAAUACAUGGAGAAGGUGGUGAAACCGUAUUUGGAGAAACGCAAUCAUUUGAAUGCGGAUAUUUGGAUCAAGGGCUACGAGCGGAAUCGCCUCAAGGUGUCCAACUAUAACAAGCGUUUCACGCAGCUAGCCUUGCUCAAUCAUAUUGUGGGCAUGCUGCAUGACAAGGCGGAGAAGACGGAGAAACGCAAUGCGAAUGCGAUUGUAUUCCUCAAGAAGCCAGAUUUUCUGCAGGGACGAGUGGCUGCCCUGCAGCAGCGUGCCCACGAGUUGUUCAACGAUUUUGAGCAGUCCUACUGCAAAGACAAGUUAAGCAUCAAGCUUAACAGCAUUGUGCCUGUUAUUUUAAAGAAGCUACAGAACAAAGUGCAGCCAGAGCAAACAGUUCAGAAGAAGGAAGUUGUCAAAGCGCCGCCACAAAAGUCCUCAAAGCAAUGGCGUACCCUUAAGGACAUGCAAACGCCGGUAGUAACCGUCAACAAAGCCAUCUACAAGGACGAACAAGAUACUACGCUUGCCAAGUUGGAGAAAAUACAAUCUUACGCAUUGGAUCUACUGGCAAAACUGGACACCAUACCGCCAUCUGAGCUACGCAGAUUGGAGAAGACUGUGCGCGGUCGCAUGGCCAAGCAGAAGGAAAUGUCACGUCGUGCUCUUGUCAAACAGAAUCGUCUGCACAACUGGAUGGAACACUUCAAGAAGCAUCAUCGCUUACAGCAGGCACAGCGCAACAAAAAUAAGGUUUAAAAUCGCUUAAGACAUAUGCCCAAAUAAUCUAAAUAUGCUAUUUAAA